AUGAACAUCCAAACAUCUAAAGCAAUCACCAUACUUAUCAGUGUACUAGGAAUUUUGGCUUCAGUUGUUAUUUUUACUCUUACCGCUCUAGCUCUCACUAAAAUUAACAAGAAAGUUGACGAGAUUCGAAUCUAUACGCAAAAGUCGAUCAUUAAUUUCCGAGGACGGCAAAUAUCCACCGGCUCGCACUUGUCAUCGUCGAUUCAUAUCAAUGAAGUAAUGAGCCAUUUGAAUGAAUUCCAACGCAUCGCGACCAUGUCGAAUGGAACUCGAGCAGUCAACACGUUAGGGUUUAAUCGCACGUUGGAUUAUAUCACAAAUUAUCUGACGGCAAAUACAAAUUUCAAGAUCAGUAGAACCUCGUUUACAGUAGUACCGAAACAACUUGCGCGUCUACCUAUUCUGAUUACAACAAUCAAUGGUACUUCAAGCAAUCAUUCAUAUUCUAACAGUCAACUCGCUGGUGACUUUUAUCAUAUCGAAUAUACAGCUUCAGCACGUUUUGCUGCUCCCCUGGAACUAACUGCUAUUCCCAAUCUAGGCUGUACCGAUAAUGAUUGGAGAAGAGCGAGUCCACAGCCUACUGGUCGUAUAGUCUUAGUUAAACGAGGUGAAUGUACAUUUCUGGAAAAAGGUGCGCUCGCCACCAAAUACCGAGUUGCCGCUCUACUGUUGUACAAUGAUGGCACAUCAGCUGAUCGCCGUGCGCCUGUUUUUGUCACACUUGGCGAAAAUAACACAUUGCCUGCCUUGUUUCUUUCUUUUCAACUUGGUCAAAAGCUGGCUGAUGCUGCUCAACAAAGAUCUAACAACGUUCGCGUUUUCAUCAAUAUCAAUAGAACUCAUGAACAGCCAUUUCCUUCGGAUAAUAUCUGUGCAGAUACACCAACAGGCGAUUCCACUCAAACGAUUAUCAUUGGUAGCCACAGUGAUAGUGUACCAGACGGCCCAGGUAUCAAUGACAAUGGUAGCGGCAGCGCAGCAAACCUUGCGCUGGCCGUUGCACUUGCUCGACUCUUCAGAACACCUUUCUAUCACAAAUACAAAUAUCGAGUCAGGUUCUGUUGGUGGGGUGCAGAAGAAAUCGGUCUUCUAGGCUCCGACCAUCAUGUCAAACAAGCAAAGAACUCAUCCACCAUCGGCGAACGCCUCUCUGACUAUCUCGUUAAUCUCAACUAUGACAUGCUUGCAUCACCUAACUACAUCUUUGGCAUCUAUGAUGGUCGCACAGCUAAGAACGACACUCCUGCACAAGCUCUGCCUGGUAGUAACAAGAUCACGAGCCUAUUUCGUGAGUGGUUCGUUGAACAGCACCUUCCAUGGGACUACACCGAUUUCAGCGGUCGAAGUGACUAUGGUCCGUUUCUAGCUGAAGGUAUCGUUGCAGGUGGCUUGUUUUCUGGUGCUGAGGAUGUUAAAAGCGUGGAACAACGCAAUCGAUAUGAUGCGGUUCUCGGUCAAGGCCUAGGUGGCAUUCCGGAUAUAAAGGAAGAUCCAUGCUAUCACAAAGCAUGUGAUUCGAUUGAGAACAUCAAUGUAUUUGGAUAUGAGAAGAUGGUGCAGGCCGCAGCGUAUGCACUAGAGUAUCUGGGUCGUAAAGAAGAUCUCAGAUCAUGGCUUUAUCCAACAUUAGAAAUUCAGGAUCUAGUAAACCGCAAUCGUUCGCAAUUAGUACGAUGA